AUGGGCUGGGGAGUUCCCAAGUCUUCUGUUGAAGGAGCCUUCAAGGCACAACUGCAGGACUUGGUGACCCAGAGCUUUUCCGUGCCAUGUCUCCUGCAGGAAGCCAUGGAGCCAGACAGAGGCAUGGAGCAGAGACCUCCCAGCGUGCCCAAGCAGGCCUGGGUGAACGAGGAUGAGGAGGAAGGACGGGACCGGACACAAGAGCAGGACCGUGCCCGUGGCUGCUUCCGCCGGGCAGCCCAGGCCUUUCUGACACUCUUGGGUAUUCGGCGUAGAAAGGCCAGGACCUCACCGGCUGAGGUCAUAGCACAGCCUGACCCCACACCGAGUGAGCUCAAGGCACACCCUGAAGUCGGCACCGCGUCGACUGACGGCACAGCAAACUGUGACAGCGCGGUGACCGAUGAUGGGACAAACUCCAACCCGGCGCUGCCUGAGCUCAGCACGGAGGCUGACAAGGCAACGACUGAGGGCAUGGCAGACACUGAGAGCACACCCGUUCAGUGCCUGCCCGAUGCUCCCAGUCUGCAUGUUCCUGAGGAGAGAGUUGUCUCUGCUCAAGAAGCCAUGGAGCCAGACAGAGGCAUGGAGCAGAGACCCCCCAGCGUGCCCCAGGUGGCCUGGGUGAAGGAGGAUGAUGAGGAGGAAGGAUGGGACAGCGGUGCAGACACCGACAGCAGGCCCUCUCAGAGCAAGAGUGGUGCUCCCCCUCCGGAUGUUUCUGAGGAGAGCGGUGUCUCUGAUGCAAAGCAAGUGCCAGCCUUUGUCAGGAACAUUCACCAGAGACUGACAGCCAGCGCGACUCCAGACAAGAAGCUGCUGAUGGAGUUUCUGAGGGUUACUGAUGAACACCCUGCUGAUGCUGUGGUGACCCUCCUGCGCUGUGCCCCAUCGUGUGACAGAGCUGCUGCCAUCAUGUGGAAGACCAUCACCUCAUCGGGAAGGACAGUGCUGAAGGUGCUGCCACAGCUGCUCCGUGUGAUGGAGAACUGGCCAUGGCUGAGCAUGUCCACCUCCGACGGGGACGAAACAGAUGUCUUUGCCCUGGCUGCAACCAGGGUGAUCUGGGAGACUCUGCAGACGUUCUGGUUCGCAGAGUCAUUGACAGAGUACUCCCCCCGUCUCCUCGUGGUGCUGCUCUUCCAAGUCCUCAUCAGUACAGAGCAGACGCCCGAGGAGGUCGACACCUUCUGGAGGGGAUGCUGGCAGCAACACAACCUUCCCACCCAGCCCAACAGGUUUGCAGUGCUGACCGUGAAGGCUCUGCUUUGCCACCUGGAGUGUGAGGAAGUUGUGCUUUCAAUGGAACGCAAGUGUGGCUGGGACACGCUCCUCAGUGCUGACACCCACCACUACGCAGUGGGUCUGCUGGCCAGGGAGAAGCGCCACGUCUCCAGCCCCUUGUGUUCCCGCAUCACACUCCACCUGCUGGAGCUGCUGAGCAGGGAGGAGCCGUGCUGGGACCUGCCUGCCAUGGCAUUCCUUGUGGAGGUCCUGGACUGCCUGGACAUGAGUGACUGGGGAGGCAGCAUUCUGCAGAGCCUUUCAAGGCACCUCAGGAGUGAGUGCCCAGAGAUGCGUCGCCUGGCGCUCCGAGGCCUCCUGGUGCUCAGACAGGAUCCCGUGAUGGCUGACGGUGUGCAGAGCCUGACAGAAAGCCUCCUGGAGCUACUGUGGGAUGCAGACGGAGAGCUGGUCUGGAUGGCCCUCUCUGUAUUCAUCAAUGAAGUCCAGGACAGAGGCAUCCCAAUCUCCACCCCCACUGCCCUGGAGCUGGCUGAGGCACUCCAGACACUCUUUGGCUACGACAACAUCCAUGUGCAGCUGCUCUCCAUUUACCUCUUCGGAAAGGUGUUGAAGUUGGUAGUGGAGGAGGGAAAACAACCCCUGCAGACGCACGUGAUCCAGAGCCUGCUGCCACUCUUCUUCCUCUCGCAUGAUGAGGAUGAGCACCUGGCAGACGCCUCUUGGGAAGUGCUCAUUCGUGCACUCAGGUUCCUGAAGAGAAGGGAUCUCAAGAACCUGCUGGAGGCGGACAAGCCGUGGUGUUUCUUUGACUGCCUGGUGCCCUCGAGGCCAGACCGCAGGAUUGGGGACCCGGAAAUUUUCCGGAGUCUCCAAUCCCUGCGGUAG